CAAGAUUUGUUAGGUUAGUUAUUGGCGGCAGUUGAGACUUGUGGGCUGCAGCAGAGCCGCUCUCGGUGUCAGCCAAUGUAGCGCUUGCCGUUCACCACCACCAGACUUGGCGCUGCGCAGCACUAGAUGGGCAAUUGAAGAUCGUAUAUAAGCCAUGGCGUCGAUGGCAUCUCUCGUCACAAAGUACCUGGUUGGCCUCUUUUUCCUCAUCUUUCUGCUCUUCCAACAAGCCAUCAUCCGCAUGGCCACUUUAGAUGGACACCAGGAGCAGCAGCAGCAGCAGCAGCAGCAGCAACCAACAGGAGUUGCGGUGGUGUGGCGGCAGUCACGACCACAACAACCGAGUCAACAUCCAGCACCAAGCGGAUUUUAAUCGUGUCAACGUGGCGAUCGGGAUCGUCGUUCCUGGGCGAACUCAUCGCCAUAGUUCGCCCGGCGUUUUCUAUUCCUUCGAGCCCAUGGCCAAACACGCCCCGUUCCUGUUCCGCUGUCACUUUCCCGACGACUACAUCCGGUUCAUCAACGGGACCAAUCACGUGAAACUCAACCGGCGGAUCUGGAACGAGUGUCAAUAUCACGAGCGCCCGUCCUUGUGCCACCAACCGCAAAUGCUGGCCCAGCUCUGCUCUUCUUUUCCCGUCAAUUUGAUCAAAGUCGUCGAGUUGUCGGUCAAAGAUCUCGUCGCCUUCACCACCAAUUCGUCGUCGGCUCUUGCCGGCCAUCCCGUGACGGACCGUUGGAAAAUCGUCUACCUGGUCCGCGAUCCUCGCGGCUACCAUGGCCUCCAGGGCCAAACUAAAAUGGUGGAUGGCCAAUCGGAAUUGCCGGGAACCGGCCCGACUCUGUGGCCGCAUCGAAGAAGAUCUCGACUUGCUGGAAAAGCAUUUCACUGCCGGCCGGGAUUACCUUCUGCUGAAAUUCGAAGAUUUGGCUUUCAACGUCCGAUCGGAGACAGAGAAACUCUUUCGCUUCCUGCAACUGCCCGUCUAGGACCUCACGACGGCCUUUCUCGACACUCACAUCAGUCGAAUAACCAAACGGCCUAA